UUCACGUCCGGGUCAGAUUGUUUCCAGCAUUUUCCCAAACAGCUGAUCCGGUCUAUAUAUUUGAACUGUGAAGACUAAAGAAAUAACGACAUAUUUGAUAAUUAAUAUGGAUUUCUUAAAUGCUGAAAUCGUGAGGAAGAGAAAACUAAUUGAAGACAAAAAUCUUAUUACUGAUUCAAAGAAAUACUUCAAACGAGCCGAUCUUGCCCGAAAAGAAGAAGAAGAGUAUUUCGAAAGAUGUGGCCACAAGAUGGAGAAGAAAGAGGAGAAGGCAGAUCCCUCCACCUCGUCCAAUAGCACUUUAGAGUUGGAGCUGACUGAGGAGAAGCUGCCAAUGUCGCUCUCCCGGCAGGAGGUGAUCCGGCGGCUGAGGGAGCGAGGCGAACCAGUGCGUCUGUUUGCAGAGUCAGACUAUGAGGCCUUCCAGAGGCUCAGGAAGAUUGAGAUUCUCGCUCCGGAAGUCAACAAGGGUUUGAGGAACGACCUGAAGGCAGCCAUGGAUAAGAUUGAUGCGCAGUACCUGAAUGAGAUCGUAGGGGGCACUGGGGAGCCGGGUGAGGUGGACACACAAUUCGAUCUAAGAGUACAUGAGGCAGACACAACCAUUGAGGAGCUGGAGGCUCUGGGUAAAUCUCUGGGAACGGGAGAUGACAAUGGGGACCAGGAUGUCAUCGACAAAGUCCUUAGGUUCCUGCUGGGAGUCUGGGCGAAGGACCUGAACGGUCGAGAGGACCACGUGAAGCGCAGCGUGCAGGGCAAGCUGGCCAGCGCCACCCAGAAACAGACUGAGUCCUACCUCAAACCGCUAUUCCGGAAACUACGCAAGAAGAGUUUGCCAGCAGACAUCAAAGAAUCAAUCACAGACAUCAUUAAAUUCAUGCUGCAGAGAGAAUAUGUAAAGGCGAACGAUGCAUACCUGCAGAUGGCCAUUGGUAAUGCCCCCUGGCCCAUCGGGGUGACCAUGGUGGGCAUCCACGCCCGUACGGGGCGAGAGAAGAUCUUCUCCAAACACGUGGCCCACGUCCUCAACGACGAGACCCAGAGAAAAUACAUCCAGGGACUGAAAAGGUUGAUGACUAUCUGCCAAAAACACUUCUCCACAGACCCCUCAAAGUGUGUGGAGUACAAUGCCCUGUAGUACACUGACCGUCUACACCUGUGGUCACCAAGCCUUGUCUUAGAGUCCUGGGGUGCGCAGGCUUUUGUUCCAACCUAGUGCUACAGCACCUAAUUCAAUUGACUAUGGUCUUGAUGAUCAUAAAAUAUGUUGAAUCAGGUGGGCUAGUGUUGGGUUGGAAGGAAGGAAAGCAUGCCUGUAUACUUUGUAGUCUUACAGUAUCAGGAUUGGUAUCCACUGUUUGGUUACACAUCUGUGGAAGUCACAACAGCUGAGGAAGUCUCUGUACUUCUGUCUACAUACCUGUCAAUGGAGAUCCAGCUGUUCAUGUAUAUUUGGAGGCUCACUUUUUGCCACUGUUUACUGUUUUGGGUAGCUUUUUUUUUAGGGUUUACAGGUUAAUAUUUUCCUUGUUACUCAAAUGAACGAACAUGCCGUGUAAAUAUCCCUUCUAAGAUGAGUCUUUCUCCAGUGUGCUAGUUCUAUAUCUUUGUAAGAAUGGCCAUGAUGUGUAAGUUUUAUUAUGCAAAGCUUUGAAAAAAGAAGCUUUAAAUUCAAGAAUGAGAAAACAGCAGUUGAAACCUGUCAAAGUAUACAUCUUUACCUGUGUGAAUGGUAAACUAUGUUCUUAUUAAUGCAAUACAUCUAAAUUCAGGGGG